UGCGCCCGCCUAGGCCAGGCCCCGGCCGGCACGCCGGCCUCCGCACGCUCCGCUGCGGCCCUCGGGCGUCGGCGCAGCGCUCCUCCCGCGCUCGCGGACGCUCUCGCGGCAGGCGUCGCAUUUGGGAGUCACACGACCGCGGGCUAUGGCCGCCGCGGGGGGCGCCCGGCUCCUGCGCGCCGCCAUCGCGGCCCUCGGCGGCGCAGCCCACCGGCGGCUGCUUCUCGCCGGAGCCGGGAGCCUCCCGGACGGCCGGGGGCCGGGCGGAAGCGCCGAACGGGGCCUGGCGGGCCGUGUCGGGGCGCACCGAGCGCUGAGCGCGUCGGCGCAGGCGCACCGCAGCUCAGAAGAUAAAAUAACAGUACACUUUGUAAACCGUGAUGGUGUAACAUUAACAGCCAAAGGAAAAGUUGGUGACUCUCUACUAGAUGUUGUGGUUGAAAAUAAUCUAGAUAUUGAUGGUUUUGGUGCAUGUGAGGGUACCUUGGCUUGCUCUACGUGUCAUCUCAUCUUUGAAGAUCACAUAUUUGAGAAGUUAGAAGCAGUCACUGAUGAGGAGAAUGACAUGCUUGAUCUGGCAUAUGGGCUAACAGAUAGAUCCCGGUUGGGCUGCCAAAUCUGUUUGACAAAAUCUAUGGACAAUAUGACUGUCCGAGUACCUGAUGCCGUGGCUGAUGCCAGACAGUCCAUUGAUAUGGGCAAGAACUCCUAAAUAAAUAUGAGUAUUUUCACAAAAUGUUAAUCUGUUUUUACAAUUAUUAUUAUUAAUGUAAUUGAGAACAUGGAUGAAUCGGUUUAUUAUUAUGACUAGUUUUACUACUUUAAUUCACCUUGUCUAACUACUGAGUUUCAUAGUUCUGAAAGUAUGCAAUCUUUAUUUUGGUUAGACUAUAAAAAGCAAAUCAAAUGUUAGAACAUAGUUAAUAUGAUAAAACUUUAUGUGUUUUACCCUAUGUUUGUUUAGUGAUUUUGGGAAAUUUUUUCAUAUAAAUCUUAUGCCUGCUACCUAUAAAGUAAGUUAAAAAAAAUGGUAUUAUUAUUCCUAUUAGAUGUGGGUGAAGAUAGAACAACAAAUUAGAAGAUCUGUACUUGAAUCUGCAUCUUGUUACUACAAAUUGUAUGUUCAGAUUGAAACUGGAGAAAUUAUAAAUAUCUUCUUUACAGCAAUAACAUGUGAAUGUGUAUGGACAAAACUAAUUGCUCAGUAAACUGCUUAAUUUCAAAGACAGUUAUUAUCUUAUAAAUAAAUAUUUCAAAAUUUUGUUUAAAUAAAAA